AUGCACACAUCAUCUGAAUUACCUGAUCCAUACUAUUCGAUACCAUUGGCACACAAUUAUUCGAUACCAGUCCUCCGAUUGCACCAACAUUCCAAACGCCAUACAAGUUGCUGUGAUAUCCCCGUGAUGAAGUCCAAUGUUCCUGCGAUACCGUCUGAAACAGACACCCCUUCCAACAGGACGUCACUCCACGAAGUGGUGGUCAAUCUAGUGCUCAUGAGAGAACACGCUGUUGACACAAUUCGACUGACCCGGAUCAGAGUCGACGCCUUGGGACAAGAACUCACACACACGACACGCGAAUCCAACGGCCAUCUCACGUGCGAGCAGCUUUCCGCAUUUGAAGACAAAAUGGAGACGCUACAAACCCAGCUUCUCAAGGCCCAGCAGGUCCAGGCGCUCACCAGCCACAUCCUCGAUGUCGUCAUCAGAUGGCCCAGUAGCAAUCUGGACAUGCGUACCAUUCGUAAAGAGGCUCGCAUGCGUCUCCAGGCGAGGUUGGAGAUGGAUGACGAUGGGCGAAGAAGAAACGACGAUUACGACUCGUUUCCAAGCGACCCAGAAACGGCCAUGUCUAGUCUCAUGUCUUUGCUGACAAAAAUGGCCGUCUAG